CGGGCGGGCGGCCGGGCCGGGGCCGGAGCGCCGGGCGGCCGGGCGGGCGCCAUGGAGGGGCUGCGGCGGGGCCUGUCGCGCUGGAAGCGCUACCACAUCAAGGUGCACCUGGCGGACGAGGCGCUGCUGCUGCCGCUCACGGUGCGGCCGCGGGACACGCUCAGCGACCUGCGCGCGCAGCUCGUGGGCCAGGGCGUGUGCUCCUGGAAGCGCACCUUCUACUACAACGCGCGGCGGCUGGACGACCACCAGACGGUGCGCGACGUGCGCCUGCAGGACGGCUCCGUGCUGCUGCUCGUCAGCGACCCCAGGCUGUAAACUCGAUGAACACUCUAUUGUCCCUCCUGCUCUCUGCUGUGUUCCCAGUUCAGUGCCCGGCACAUAGUAGUUGGCGGAGGUGGAGGCAUGACCAAGGGGACUGGAGGUGACGCUGAGGGAGCAGGCUGGGGCAGGAGCCCCGACUUCACUCUGGUUCCGGGCUCCUGGGGGCGUGCGGUGACAUCCCGGCCUGACCAGCUGAUGCCUGCUGCCCCAGACACACCUGAUCACACCCAGGGGGAGGCCCAGUCCCUGACGCCCACCUGGGAUGUUGCUACUCCAGCCCAGGCAGCAGGGAGGAGCCUGCGUGACCCCGAGGCCAUGGCUCCUCCCUGGGGGCCUCUAGUGUGCGGGGCCUCCAGUGUGCAGUCUGCAGUGGGACCCCUGGUGCCAUCUUGGAAGGCUCCCGUGUGCAGCCAGAGGGUAUGAUCCGAAGAGACGCACAGAGGGGAGAGGCAAGGCGCGUGAGGACGUCAUCCCUUUACCUUGGACGUUCUCUGCGCCACACCUUUGCCCAAGCUGUGCCCCCUGCCUGAAGCACCUUUCGUGCUCCUCUCGGCCACUCCAGCUCACCUGACAUUGCAGCCUCCUCCGGGACGUCUUCUUGGAUUCCCUUCUCACCAGUCAGUGAGCACUUUGUCCUCCUUGGGGCCCACCCCAAGCCCCCUGUACUGCGAACAGCCUUUGCGUGGGGGCCCGAGGGUGCAGCCAGUUACUGGCGAAAUCUCAAAUGGCUACAGGUGGAGACUGGGGGGACCCCAGCCCUCUCACCCCCGCAAUGGUGCCCACUCCCUCGGCGGUGUCCUCCUUCCCCUGAAUCCCACUGCCUUGUCCCUUACACGGGGUCUCCCCGUUGGGUGUGAAGGGGUCUGGUUGAAUGGGUGGGGUUGGGGGGUGCCGGGCCGCGUAGAGCCAUGAGGCACAGGCGGUGAUCACGGGGGCAUUCCAGGCGACGUGGUGUGGGAACUCUGGGGACAGGACCCUCUGGGUAGAAGGCUGGGCCCCAGCUGGACAGGAAGGGAGGGGGCUCUUGGGGACCACCCAGCUCCACUCCUCGGCCCCCACUGAGUGCCCCAGUCGGUGCCCCAUCCUCGGCCGGCCUCGACUUACUGGAGACGGACCACCGCGUGGUGGCGCCUGGGAUUAUGGCCCGUUUUACAGAUGGGGUGUCCGAGGUCAUCCUUCUCGGGGCGGCUGCCCCAGCAGCCCCUGAACGGAGGGGUCCCAGCCCAGGCGGAGGUCCCUGAUGGAGGAAGGGGAGGGUUUCCUGCUUCUUGACUGAAGAUGGGGAAGCGGAGCUGCAGGGAGGCACAAGCCUGGCCUCAGGUCCCAGAGCCACAUGCAGAAAGCGGUGCCCCCACCGCAUGUCGUCACGGACUAAAAUGGACAGAGCCUGUGACCCAGGAAGGAGAGGGGACAGUGGCUGGAGCCGGCAGGACUCUGAGGAGGCUCCAGGCCUGGCAAGGCUGGCACAGCUCCGUGAAAUCACCCUACGGUGUGUUUUGCCCUUGAGUGGCCACCGCGACCUUGGAUCUGGAGAAACCUGACACCGCCUGAUUCUACCCCUCGGGCCCUCCUUUCUCCUGCUACUCCAUCAGCAUGGCCUUUGAAUUCCGCCCCCCUCCGACUGGCAUGCCCUGCCUUCUCUGUUUGGCAAACUCCUAGUCAUCCUGCAAAGCCCAGCUACAACGCCCCCUUGUUCGUGCGGUCAUUUCUGAUCCUCCACGAAGAGUCUCCGUUUCCCUCUGGGCUUCUGUUACCCUAGGUCUCUCUCUGGUCCAGCCCUGACCCCUUGAGGCCUGGAGGGUCACUGCCCACUCGGGCGCAGUUCUGGCACCUGCCUGGGAAUGACACGGCUCCAGACCUUUGCAUGUGCACACUCUGUGCCCAGAAUGCCCUUUCUGGUCUGUUCCACCUGGCACGCUCCUACACUCUCAAGGUCCUCGCACGAAUGCCCCACCGCUGUGUGCGCUCUGCCGUGCUCCCAGUCGUUCUCCGGGUCCUGCAGCCUCCAAUCCCACUGGGAUGGGCUUCGUGCGUGGAACUAGGGGGUGUCUCCCUCCUCCCAGCCUGACAGAUCCUGCCUGGGGCCCCGGGAUCACAUCAGCAGGUUGGGACCGGGCAGAGAAGGGCCCUCUUGGCGUGUGUAUGAAUAAAAGAUCACGUGAAAACAA